AUGCACAUUUCGCUCCUUGCACUCCUUGCACUCGUUCCGAGCCUCAUAUAUGCGGCAAAUCUAGACGAUUGGAGGUCGAGGUCCAUAUACCAGGUUGUGACAGAUCGGUUUGCCACCGAAAGUAGCGGUGGAAAGCCGCCUUGCGACACAGGCGCUCGCAAGUACUGUGGAGGAACAUGGAAGGCUCUCAGCGAGCGGCUUGAUUACAUACAAAGGAUGGGGUUUGACGCGGUCUGGAUCUCGCCUGUCAUUUCUAAUGUCGAGGGGGAAACUGCACAUGGGGAAGCUUACCACGGCUACUGGCCAAACGACUUCUAUGCCUUGAACUCACACUUCGGGUCUGUAGAAGACUUGAAGAACUUGUCUAGGGCCUUGCAUGAUCGAGGAAUGUACCUCAUGGUGGACAUUGUCGUCAACCACAUGGGUCCGAACACAACCACUACGUCGUUCUCUUCUCAAGACUCCUUCUCUGGUUACAAAACCUUUCCGCAAGAGUCUUCAUACCACCCGUUUCACUUUGUUUCUCCGGCUUCGUACGAUCCUACUACAAGCAACCAGACAGAUGUCGAACAAGGCUGGUUAGGCGACUCGGUGGCUCCCUUACCAGACUUGAACACGGAGAACACGGAGGUUGUCCGAACCCUGAAUGACUGGGUAAAAGGUUUGGUGUCGAAUUAUAGUAUCGAUGGGUUGAGGGUCGACACGGCCAAACAUAUCAGGCAAGACUUUUGGCCUGACUUCAAAUCUGCGGCGGGGGUGUUUACCAUUGGAGAGGUUUUGCACGGCGAUGUCGAUUAUGUUGCCAACUAUACGCGUGUCCUGGAUAGUGUUCUCGAUUAUCCUACGUACUUUACGGUUUACUCGGCAUUCACCGCAGGACCAGGACAAGGCAACAUAUCUGCCAUCGAAUCUACAGUCACCGCUUCCCAGAAAGCAUACCAGCACGGAGCUUCGUCUGUUGGUUCAUUCCUUGAGAAUCAAGAUCAACCCAGAUUACUCUCUAAAACCAAAGACUUAUCUUUGAUACUUAAUGCAAUGGCGUGGCCCUUUAUUCAUGACGGCAUACCGAUUAUCUACUAUGGUCAGGAGCAAGGGUUGUCAGGAGGUGAAGACCCCGAUAACCGAGAAGCUCUCUGGCCAACCGAAUACUCAACGGAGUCCCCAAUGCUCAGACAUAUCACCUCUUUGAAUCUCGCUCGCAAACUUGCUAUUUCAGCCAAGAUGAAUUUCUUGACGAACCCAAUGACAUUUGUCCCUCAAUCCGAACACAACUCCACGACCCUGGCCGUCUCCAAACCACCGCUCAUGGCCCUGCUCACAAACGCAGGCAGUGCUGCGACCGUGACUUGGACAGUUCCCAAGAAGACUUUCGACAAUAAGGAGCGUAUCGUUGAUGUUCUGACCUGUAGAGAAACCGUAGCAAGGAAAGGCUCUGGAGAUACACUCGUAUUCACCUCAACAAUGGGAAUGCCACUGGUUCUGGUUUCUUCUGCGGUUCUUGACACACAGAAGAGUGACGAUAGACGCCUCUGUCCCGAGAUCUCCAAUGCUAUCGACACCAACGGUUCAGUUCAGAUCUCUGGAUCUCCCUUCCUCUACCUGGCCCUUUCUAUGCUUAUAAUCCUCGCUCAGAUUUAA